AUGUCUAGUGCAGUGAUAUUUGUUGAGAGUGCUACGCCGGGGACUCUUACUGAGUUCAAGGACCUGCUUGCGAAGCAGCUCUUGGAAGUGCGGGAGACGUGGUCGCUGGAGUUCAGGACCUAUAGGACGCUGGUGAAGGACUUCCCCUCGAGGGAGAAGCUGCUUUACUCGCUGACGUUCCCGCACCACGACAAGAAGACGGUGCUCAUCAGGAACUCGCUGGCGUGGGUGCUGGGCACCGCUGAGAUACCGGACAACUUGCAGACUUGCUCCACGGGGCUCUCGGAGUCCAUUGACCAGUUGCUCGCGAGCAAGCUGUCGAAUAUGUGGGCACAGCGCCAGGUGAUACGGGGCGACGCAGGGCAGACGCUGCUCAUCACGGGAGAUGUGACCGUGAGGAUAAUUAACCUGUUUGCAGCAACGGGGUUCAAGGGGCUGCUGAUCGAGCUGGAUAACUUGCAGUCUGCAACUUCCCUGGCUAACAUCACAGACCUGUUGAACGAGAUGAAAGUUAAGGUCUUCAAAGUCGCAAGUGCGCCUGGAUUAAAGAGCGAAGAUGUUGAAGUGGUCGACAGCAGUAGCACGAUGGAGUCGGGUAACGAGGCCCUGUUUACUUUGGCUAAACAGUAUAUAGAAGUUCUGGAGUAA